AUGAGCUAUCCUAUGAAAUAUGCCGAAUGCAAUCCUGAAUGUAUGGCGACAAGCAUAUUCGUGGCGUCUGCGGCUCGUACAGCUGCACAACCUUCACUUGCGUACUUCAGUGAGAUUACUACGAGUAAUGGAACUUCCAACAGUAAUAGUGUUGAAACGAAGUGAAA